AAAAAAAUAAUUAUGAGUUUAACAUGUAAUUUGGCGCAAAUGUUAAUGACAUUCCUACCAACUUAAAAAUAAAAAAGAUUGGACGAUUCGAAUAAGACGGGAAGUUCAAAUUAAAAAUUCACCUUACUUUUUGAUCACAGUAGUAAAUCGCAGCUAAGGUGUAACAUGUAAAAUGAGAAGGCUCUGAAGUAAAAUGAGAAGGCUCUCAGUAAAUGGGUGUGUGCUAUUGUUUUAAUGACCAAUAAUAAAUGUGAUUAUGUAAUAAAUUCUCCUUAAAGAUUUCAUCUUUUUCAUUUGGCAUUAAAAAAAAGUUGAGCUUACAAGUGUGCUAGCUUUUAAUAUUAAAACAUUGUAAAUUUUGGAUAGUUCAAAAACUGCAAUUUGUUCAAAAGUUUAAUCAAUAAGGAACUAAUUUAAUGUUGUGUUUUUGGUUUAUUAUUGUAACUUUAGUAACUGGUGUUACUUAAGUAUUGGUUUUACAGGCUAGAUCCAGGCUUACUUCACAAUAUGUUUAUAUAAAUGGAUGAAGUCCUACGAAAUCCAGUAUUUCAAAUUAAGUUGUCUGAACUACUUGGUCAGGAUUGGUUUAAAAUUGGUAUUUACUUAAAUAUCGAACAGCGUAGUUUAGAAUCAAUUAAGAGUGAUUCUAUAAAUUUUUCAAAACAAGAAUGCAAAGCAUACGAAAUGUUAAAAAAAUGGUUCAAUUUUGAUGAAAAACCGACAUUUGAAAAGUUAAAACUUGCCAUUUUAAAUAUUCCGAAAAUGGAUUUAUUGAAGGAGGUGGAGGAUCUUGCAAGUGGGUUUUUCACUAUGUCUUCAUAUUUAUCAGAAGGUGUUUCAAAAACAGAUUUGUUAAGAUUGUCUGCUGAACUCAAAAAAUAUUACCUUAAAUAUUAUGGAGAAAUUAGUGAACUUCAAACACUACUAAAAACAUCCACAAAUCUUGAUCUAAGACAUAGGUUUGUUGAUCUAUGUAUUGUUGAUGCAGCAAAAACUCAAAUGGAUGCUGUUUUUAGUGUUGAACGAAAUGAAUUUCUUAAAAAGCAAAUGAGUUAUACACCAAUUCCAUACAGUAAAGUAUUUACGCAAGAAAAAUCUGUAAUAUUAGUAUCUGGAAUCGCUGGUAUUGGAAAAACAUGGUUGCUUAGAAAAUGUCUGCUUGAUUGGUCAAAUGAUUUAAUUUGGAAAAAUGUUGAACUUGUUUUUUAUUUAGAAUGCAGGAGGAUUAAUCAAUAUGAAGAUAUUUCUAAUAUUAAUGAUUUACUAAGCUUUUUUUACAAAGAUAUUAUAAGUAACUUCAGUAUUAGUUUUCAUACAACACUGUUUAUUAUUGACGGGUUAGAUGAGUUUAAAUAUUUUAAUGAGUUAUCAAAUCCGGAAAUAAAAUGUAACUAUCCAAUUGUUAAUGUUUUAGCAGAAAUUCAAAGUUAUAAACAUUUAGUUGCUGGUAGAGUUUAUGCAAUAGAUCAAUAUCAAAGUUUAUAUACAGAUCGUAGUGAUAAGUUAACCAUUCAAAUAAUGGGGUUUAACGAAAAUGGAAUAACAAAUUAUGUAGAAAAUCAUGUUAUAGAAGAAAAUAAAGAAAUUGUAAAAGCAACUUUAAAGGAAUCUCCAAUUGCAAAAGCUAUGGCAUCAGUUCCUUUUUACUUAUCUUCCAUGUGUAAAAUUAUAAGUGAUUCAAAAACAAUAAACAAAAAUUCUUUCUUAACAAUGACAGAUCUGUAUGCAAAUAUUUUUUUAUAUUUUUUGCAAAAACACAUCAUUAAAAACAAUAAAAUGAUUUAUCAGAUAAUGGAAAACGAUUCUAAUAAAAAAUAUAUUUUAAAUAUUUGUAAAAUUGCAUAUGAACUACUUGUUGAAAAUAAAGUAAUUUUUUCCAAAGAAGAGUUUCAAACUUUUGUUAGUGGCUUUGAUAAAAAUGAAGGUAAUUUUUUUGGAUUUAUAGAAAAGAUUGAAACAAAUCUGGGUUGUUAUUAUCAGUUUGCUCACUUGACUAUAAUGGAGUUUUGUGCAUCUGUAUAUGCAUAUAAUUGUUUAAGUAGUGAUGAAAUUAUGACUAAUAAAAAGCUUAAGAGUUGUUUAUCAAUGAUUUGUGGAUUAUCUAAUGCUAGUCAAAAUAGUUUUAUAAAGUUUCUUGUUAACUUGAAUCCUUUGAAAAGGUCCAAUGGAAAACCUAUCCUUUUGUAUUCUAUUUUGGAUCGUCUAUCUAAAAGUAUUAAUCGUUUUAAUAAUAUCAAUUUUUUCUACGAAUGUUUUUACGAAAGUCAAUCGUCAUUCACUGAUGAAAUAAAAUCAAUUGUUGAUGAACUAAAUAAACGACGGUGGUGGCGGCGGUGGUGGAUAAAAGAUGGUUGGACGAUUUCGAUUGACGAUGGAAAAACUUCUUACGCAACUUCUUGCGAUAAUUAUUUCGUAAAUUAUUACAUAAAAUCUGGAAGAAAGUUAAAUUGGUUAAGUGUUAAAAAAAAUAUUUUAAGUGAUGAAGAAAAAAAUCUUUUAAUUCGAUGUUCAACUAAUGUUCGCAUUGUCUGGUUUUAUCGUCCAAUUAAUUUCGAAGGAUGGAAACCGAAAGAUAAGAUUGAAGUGUUGACGAUUUUAUUUUUUUUUUUAAUAACAAAAAAAGAUUUUGAAGAAAAUUUUCUUCCUUGGAUUAAUCUUUGUGAAGAAUUAGAUCUUUCACUUCACGACGACAUUGAUUUCAUUAAAGACAUUUGUGAAUGGAUUCGUUGUUCGAACAUCAAGAAGUUUAGGAUCGAGUACCGUGGAAAAGAUUUUUAUAACCUCGAUGAAUUAACUUUAUAACGCAGAAAAAUGUUUAAUAUUUUAAAUAUAUAAAA